AUGUGGUUGGUUGGUGUUUACUUCCUGAUAGGUUAUUCAUUCCAGGUCAGACCAAAACCUCCAGAGUGGGAAAACUAUCCAGUGCCCCUCGUUCCGCCUACAGACUGGGAAACAAACAACCUACCGAGGCCUAUAAAACAAUACCUGGAAUAUGAGUGGUCUCUAAGCACAUAUACAAAUGAGUGCGAUGAGGAAAAUCCAUUGAAGAUUAUACCUGUCUACUUUUGGCCGGGUGACCAAGUGGCCCUUCCAUGCCUUAUGUGCGAAUUAGCAUUCGUUUUCAAUGGUAGGAUGAAGAUAUGGGGAAAGGCUACAAAUAUUCUCAAGUUCGUAGAAAAUCCAAAACGAACCGCACGAUUCGCCUCGAAGUACUGGUCAAGGAUAAAGAAUACCGAAGGUAUUUUCAGCUCUAAUGAGGAUACUGAGUCGGAAAUUACUGACUGGAUGCCAGAGGUGAAAGACCAAAAUGGUGUCAGAGUAAAUCUCCCUAAGAAGAAGCCUAUUUACAUUCAAAGGAAUGGAAAGCUAAGCAUAAUUCGAGCUAGCCCUGCGUCACAAGGUGUGUAUUUUUGCUACGAUGGCCAGUCCCGUGCAUAUACCUCAAUUUUCUAUGUAGUGAUGGCAAUGACACCACCGGUGCGAAUGUCAGAAAUGGCGAAUGUGCUCGCCGAUGGAUGUUUCGAGGAAGUUGAUCGAAAACUGAUUCGAGCAAAUUUCAAUUGGCGCUACCAUUUCGUCCCAAAUGUUCGUCAUGAAGCGCCAAAACAAUGCAAACGAAAUAAGGACAACGAAUUCUGCAACGCUAAUUACUAUACCAAAAUCUAUGGUGGAAAGGACUGUACACUGGACUAUUGCCGAAAAGAGUUCAAGGAUGAUAUCGAUAUGAACUUGGCGGUGGAGUUACGUUGGGAGGAAUGGAGUAAAUGCGAGGAAAACAUGCAAUUGCAGAAACGUGAAGCUCACUGCUAUCUAGUACGGAAGUUUGGCUACGAGAUCCCUUUCGAUGAGGGGAAACUGCCUGAACAUAAGAAAUGGAUGCCUAAACUAAACGCACUGUUCGAUCAAGAACCUUUCACUUCGAAAGGGAUACGAUUAUACAGUUCACUGCUUGCUUCAUUAUUUGUGGACGAAGAUUUGAUGAAGAAAUGUCAUUACGAGGAUAAACGGUUGAAGACAGACCGUAUCUGGCGUGAGAUUUUGCGUACUAUGGGCGCGAAGCACAAACACGGGAAAUACAAGGGACAAAUUGUGGAAUUGGACGCAGAUGGGAAGCUCACAAACAACAUACCCACACUACGACUGAAAAAUCCAUUCCAGGCCUGCAUGAUAUACGAGUACGAUAAAGAACGCGAUUAUGAACAUGUGGUAGGGACGUACAUGACAGAAACUCGACCAUGCGAUUCCAAUAGACCUUGA